UUUUGUAAUGUUUGAUGAGGGGAAGAGGUUGGAUGGUUAUGAGGAUUGAAUAAGUAAGUGCAAUGUCAUGUCAGUCUCAUCAUAUCGUUCUCUUCGUUUCCUUCCACAUCGUCCUCCGUCUGCAGAAACACCCAGACAAGAAAGAAUGCCUUCUGCAACAUACUCUUACGCUGCUCAGCCCAGUGCACCAUGGGCUGUCUCAACAAAGACGUCUGCGUAUACUGCUGCAUCUCAGCCUUACCAACCAUCUCCUGUUUACGGCCAGCUAUAUCAACCUCCGCCUUCAAGGUCCGAAAGUACCAGCUCAGGCGGAGGCUCAUACUCGAUCCCGAGUAGAGCCCAGUCUAUAAGCUCAUACUCGGGUAGUGAGAGCAACAGUCCCGUAGAUGCGCUUAGCUACAUGGGCGGACGCCUCAACAGGGCAGUGGAUCCUGCACCCCUGGAUCGUAGCCUCGCAGUGCAAGCUCAGAGGUAAACCUUCCCUGGAGACAUGAUUGAGGUAUAGCUUACUGAUGCUACGGCUAGAUCUGGCGAGCUCAAUGCCAAAACUAGGGAGCUACAGGCUCUACAAGCAUUGGCACAGUCUCGACUCAAGUCUGCCAAAAGAAAUUUUGCAGAUGGCAUCCAAGCUGCUAGGGAUGUCCAGAGAGAUCUAGAAUGGACCCAGGGAAGAGUCGGGUAGGUUGCCCACGUGUUUGCUCUCAACAAUGAGAAGGACUGACACAGAAUCAGAGCAUUGAACCAAAGAGUAGCUCAAAGAUGGCCGGCUCAAUACACGACAGCGAACUCACGCUUCCCU